UAUUCAUUUAUCUUGAGCAUAAAAUUGCUUGCCUGAAAAUUUGAAUAAUUUUAUUAAAGAUACUUAAGUGUAAGGCUUUUGGCUUUAUAUAUUUUCUUUGAUUAUAUUUAUCUAAUAUUAAAGCAUGCUUAUGAAAAGUGCAUCAAUUUUAGGAUGUUAAAUUACUCUGCAUGUUGCUGGCAUGGUCUUUUUCAUUGUAAGAAUAAUACAUGCUUAAAUAUUGGCAUAUGGUACAAACCAAGAGAUAAAAUUAAGUGAUGUUCAUAAUGAAAAAAAGCCAUGGGUUUCGGAAGUGACGUUCGUACCAAAUCUUCUCACGAAGCUUUAGUCACGCUGCAGGAUGCAGAAAUUCGUCUUCUGGAGAACAUGAAGAGGUGUCUCGCUCUUCGAAUAAAAUGUGAUCGAGAGUAUGCGAUAGGUCUGAAUUCUGUUUAUAUUCAUACUCAAAAAAUAGAUAAAACAUCUGAAAUGCUUGGAAACAGCAUGAUAACAAGGACUUGGAAUGUUAUAGCAGAAGAAACUGGAGCCUUAAGUAGACUGAUGAAACAGAAUGCUGACUAUUUAGCAUUGAAUACAACCGAAGCAUUAAAUAAUUUCAUUACAGAAAAACAAGCUUUGAAAAAAUUAUAUGUCGACGAACACUCGCGCAUGCACGGCGAACUUCAAAGAAUGCAAGAUGGAGUUAUCAAAACCAAGAACAACUACGAAAAGUAUAUAGAUUUAUGGAAAAUUGCUAAGAAGAAAUAUGAAGAACAAUUUUCAAAAAGUAAAGUGGGUAAAAAAUUGGAUGAAGCUCGCGAAAGAUAUUACAAAAUUGCCAAAGAGCUGCAUCGCCUGCAUAACGAUUACGUUUUGAUGAUACGCGAAGGGAUCGAGUACGAACGGCAACUAAAAACAGUUUUGCUUCCCAGUUUAUUUGAAUAUCAUUAUACUGUAUUGCAAGAAUCUGUAGAUACAUGGAAAAAUAUUUUAAUGGAAUUUGCUCAAUACACAGAUUUUUCCAAUGAAACUUUCCAAUCUAUUCACAUCAAAAUUCAAAAAUCCAUUGAGUCAUUAUCGGGAGAGGAUGAAUAUAAAGAUCUUGGAAAUAAAUUACAAUCACAUGUAAUAUUUCCAACCGAUUUUAAUUUUGAUGUAAAAUUAUUAGAAGAUUACCAUGGAACUCUGCAGAUGGAUAAAAUUGCCGUCGACGAUCUAACAUUAGAAAUAUUAAAUAAAAAAUUGGAAGAUCUUAGAUCUAAAUUAUUACAAUGUCAAACCGAACUCAAGGAAAAACACUUGGAACUUGAACAGUACGAAUCCGAGACUGCAAUUCUGAGGAGCACGGGAGAAACUAAAUUACUUCUGGUAAAAAAGCGAGCAAUGGACAUUCUCAAGAAGUCUAUCGGUGAAUUAAAUUGUCGUCAGAAAAGACUGCAAGAAAUGUGUCAGUUGUUAGACGCUCCGUUGUCUAUGGUCGGUUCGGCAGGACCCAUGCCCGGAAUAGAAUUAGAUGAAAAGGUGACGAUUGAAGAACAUUCUAAAAUAAAAGAAAGCAGCACCUCUAGUUUGAAUAUUAUCGGAAAGAAAUCGGCCAAGUUAUUCGUCGAGAAAUUAAAGCAACCAUUUCAUUCCUUUCAUAAAAAAUCUAGUAGCAUUGAGAUCUUAUCCAAACAAAAGACAAAUUAUAAUUCAAUAAAUAUUCCUACUACAUCAAACGAGAUAAACUUAGAUACGGAUUAUCUGAAAGGUCUUCAGGAUGAAGAAUGGUUUCACGGCGUAUUGCCUCGUGAAGAGGUGAUUCGAUUAUUAGUGAAUGAAGGAGAUUUUCUAGUGAGAGAGACAUUACGAAAUGAAGAAAGGCAGAUAGUUUUGUCUGUCUGUUGGCAAGGCCAUAAACAUUUUAUCAUUCAAAAUACAUCAGAUGGAAAAUAUAGGUUUGAAGGUCCUGCAUUUUCAACGGUUCAAGAAUUAAUAAUGUUUCAGCUUCACUCUAACACUCCCGUAACGAAUCGAUCCGGAGCAAUGAUAAAAAACUCGGUGUUGCGAGAACAGUGGCAACUAAAUAAUGAGGACGUGGAGCUAGUUGAGAAGAUCGGAAGGGGAAAUUUUGGAGACGUUUAUAAAGGCUUCAUCCGUAAAACAAAAGUUCCAGUCGCGAUUAAGACGUGCAGGAUUAAUCUGCCAGACGAGCAGAAGAAAAGGUUUCUUCAAGAAGGUCGAAUUCUCAGGCAGUAUGACCAUCCAAACAUCGUCAAACUUAUAGGGAUCUGCGUCCAAAAGCAACCAAUUAUGAUAGUCAUGGAAUUAGUACCGGGAGGUUCGUUAUUAAAUUAUUUAAGGAAAAAUGGGCCUAAAAUAUCUUUGCCAGAACAGCUGAGAAUGUGUUUGGAUUCGGCUUUAGGGAUGGAAUAUUUGGAGAGUAAAAAUUGUAUUCACAGAGAUUUGGCAGCCAGAAACUGUUUGGUCGGAAAAAAUAAUAUGGUGAAGAUAUCUGAUUUUGGAAUGUCUCGCGAAGAAGAAGAAUACACAGUUUCGGACGGGAUGAAGCAAAUUCCGAUUAAGUGGACUGCACCAGAAGCCCUUAAUUAUGGAAGAUAUACAUCUCUCUGCGACGUUUGGAGUUAUGGAGUACUGUUAUGGGAAGUAUUUUCAUUUGGCAGUACUCCCUACAGCGGUAUGACUAACAACAAAGCCCGAGAAUUAAUCGAUUCUGGUUAUCGGUUGCCUUCACCCGAGAACACUCCAGAGUGCAUCUACGAGUUGAUGUUACGUUGCUGGGAGUACGAUCCGGAGAGAAGACCACACUUUCAAGAAAUACGUGAAAUUCUUCAGAAUAUUUCUGUUUCUUACAAAUGAGUCAGUCAGCUAUUGAAAUAAAAGGUUUUUUUUUGUAAAUGAAGUGUGAUGGCAUUUGUAAUAGACAGUUUUUAUGGUUAAUGUGAAGCUCUUAACUAAACAUUGCUCUGUACAUUGUAGUCAUUUUGGAGUUUUAAUAAUUUGAAUGUUUCGAUUUUAUUAUCAUUGUAAAAAUUGAUUUUUCUCUUGUUAAUACUAAAGAUUUGUCAGAAAAUUAUUUUAAUUAUGUGAGCAAACAAACUUUUGUAUUCUGGAGAGAUUUUUUUUUGUUUGUUCUUUAGAAACUGUAAUUUGAUUUUUCUCCUUACAUAUUUUUUUAUUUCCUACACCAGCACCUAAUAUUACACAGACAAAUUGGCUUAUCUAAAACUCACUUUAAAAUAAUUUUGUAAGUUUUUCUGAUGCAAAUGCAGAUUAAAAAUUGUAAAAAUUUUUCUUAUUCUUAAUGCAUAAAAUAUCUUAAGAUUUUCUUUAUACAAAAAUCUAGGUGCAAUAAUCAAAAGAAUAAUUUAUUUUUAUAGUGUACGUCUUAUAAGAAUCGUACCAGUUAUCGCUUUCAAACAUAGAAAUAUCAAAUCGUUUAUCUUGUUGGCGAUAAGUUUCGAGUGGUUUGUUUGCUUUAAUUAAAGGGAAUGUUUCUAAGACGACGAGAACGGUCGCGUCGUCUAAAUGAUAAUUCUUUCACAUUUGCUGGUCGAUACUGUGAAAGAUUACUUUUGUGUAUUCAGCCAAUUUUAAAACAAUUUUACAUUUUAAUUUUAAUGUAAAAUGAAAUCGAUACUUAUGUAGAAUAAUCAGAAAAUAAAAUUGUAAUAUAAA